GCAACAAGAGUAUCUUGGAGAGCAGACCAUGCCCUUCUUCUUCCUAUAAUUCCGUGCCCCUUCUCGUGCCGCAAGUCCGAUCAAUUCAUCAAACUAGCUAACAAUGAAUUCUUGGUUCACCAUCUCCCUCUCUCUCUCUUUCUUCUUCUUCUUCUUUAUCAAAAUUUUCCGAACUGAAGCUGCACCCAAUUAUCUAGUUCAUGUUUGCCCAAACACCACCCUCUUCACUCCCAAUUCCACCUACCAGUCCAACCUCGACACCCUCCUCUCUUCCCUCUCCUCUGCCGCCACCAACAGCACCACCGGCUUCGCCAACGCCACCGCCGGCCAAAACCCUCCCGACCGGGCCUACGGGCUCUUCCUAUGCCGCGGCGACGUCAACACUGCAACGUGCAGCGACUGCGUGGCCACCGGAAAACAGGAAAUUCUCCAAAGAUGCCCCAACCAGCGAGUCUCCGUGAUCUGGUAUGACGAGUGCAUGUUGCGGUACUCGAACCAGUCCAUCUCCUCGGCCAUGGAGCAAUCGCCGGCUCGCAUUUUGUACAACACCGGCAACGUCACCGACACAACCCGGUUCAUGGAUCUCCUGGGACAAACCCUGAACGACGCCGCCACAAGGGCUUCAGCUGGCGGGUCAGAGAGGAAGGUCGCGGUGGCGGAGGCGAACUUCACGAGCUUGCAGAGGCUGUACGCAUUCGCGCAGUGCACGCCGGACUUGACGGCGUCAGACUGUGGCACAUGCCUCCAAUUUGGGAUCGCUAAUCUGCCUCAGGGGAAGCAAGGCGGGAGGUUGCUCACUCCGAGCUGCAACGUCAGGUAUGAGUUCUACCCCUUUUAUAACGCCACCGUUCUGCAGGCACCAGCUUCUCCGCCUCCCGCUCCGUCACCUCCGCCUCCCUCUCCGUCACCUCCGCCUAAAGGCAAAAGCAAUAAAACUACUGUGAUAAUCAUUGCCGUCGCCGUUCCUGUUGGCGUGGGCGUGGUGCUUCUCUUCCUCGCUUGUUGUUUCAAGCAGAGGAAAGCAACCAGGACGUACGAAGCCGUCCAAGAAGGUCAAAGCGGUGUAGAUGACAUUACAAAUGCCGAGUCCUUGCAGUAUCAUUUAGCCACCAUACAGGCCGCCACUGACAAUUUCUCUCACCAAAACAAGUUGGGUGAGGGCGGAUUUGGGGAAGUUUUCCAGGGUAGCCUUCCUAAUGGACAACAAAUAGCCGUGAAGAGACUAUCUCAAGGCUCGGGACAGGGUGCUGAAGAAUUUAAGAACGAAGUCAUACUAGUAGCGAAGCUUCAACAUCGAAACCUUGUGCGACUGCUUGGGUUCUGCUUGGAGGGUGAAGAAAAACUGCUUGUCUAUGAGUUUGUGCCGAACAAAAGUCUCGACUACUUUUUAUUUGAUCCUGAAAAGAGCAAGCAAUUGGAUUGGUCAAGACGUUAUAAAAUAGUAUGUGGGAUUGCUCGGGGAAUGCUCUAUUUACAUGAGGACUCUCGACUUCGGAUCAUUCAUCGUGAUCUAAAAGCAAGCAAUAUCUUGUUGGACAGUGAACUGAACCCGAAGAUUUCAGAUUUCGGCAUGGCAAGGAUUUUUGGAGUCGAUCAAACACAGGCAAACACCAAUAAAAUUGUGGGGACUUUUGGUUACAUGUCACCUGAGUAUGCAAUGCAUGGGCAGUUCUCUGUGAAGUCCGAUGUCUAUAGUUUCGGUGUUUUACUGCUAGAGCUCAUUAGUGGUAAGAAGAAUAGUUUCUUCUACCAAGGAGACGGGGGAGAAGAUCUUGCUAGCUAUGCCUGGAAAAAUUGGAGAGAUGGUACGCCGUUGGAAGUGUUGGAUCCAGUCAUUGGAGACUCGUAUUCAAGGAAUGAAGUUCUUAGAUGCCUCCACAUUGGUUUACUAUGUGUUCAGGAAGAUCCAAUGGAUAGACCCACGAUGGCAAACAUAGUCCUUAUGUUGAGCAGCUACUCUGUUUCUCUUGCACUGCCCCAACAACCGGCCUUCUUCCUCCGGAGUAGGACAGAGGGACCAAUGAAAGAGCAUGAAUCGGAUCAAUCCACUAGCAGGUCUAUGCCAUUGUCGACCAAUGAGAUGUCGGUCACCGAACUUUACCCCCGGUGAACAGUGAUGUGAGUGGAAAUCAUUCUACACGAUAGUCUCACAGAGACCUUGAUCAUAAAAGCCUUGGCAUUCCACUGAGAUCGUUACUGAACAAUGAGCAAACACCUUUGUCGCUUACAUCUAAAGGUACAAAGUGUCUUCUCUUUGAGGCCAAUGUUGUUUUGAUCCACUAGGCAUGGUAGGCUGUUUACAUUAACAUAUAUAUGUGUGUGGCCUUAUUGGAUCAAGGAAUAUAAGUUCUUCCUUGUCUGAAGAAAUAAUUAAUUGAAACGACUGGAGUUUCAUCAA